AUGUCAUCGACCUUGACAGAGACUUUGGCUGAUUCGGCCUCGUCUCACGGCCAUUUCGCUCAAGAUGACAUCUCUUUGACUCAACGUAGCAGGCAUGCGACGUCAGAAGCAGAAGAAGAAUCAGCAACACCGCCCGCAGAACCCUCCGCGACCCAACGUUCGAAUCGACAAACCAUCAUCAUUACUAUUGCUUCCUUCACGAUUGUUUUCACGUGCUGCGGAAUCAAUUUUGCCUUUGGUAUCUUCCAGGCAGUGUUCGAGACCCUUUCGCAACAGCCAGACACCCCUUUUACCGGAGCGUCGCCUGCCGACAUUGACCUGAUUGGCACUCUGUCCAUAUCUCUGAUGACCAUCGGAGCUCCUUUUGUCGUUGCGUGGGCCAAGCGCUUCUCGCCCAAGUUGAUCUCGCUCAUCGGCUCAACUAUAUUCUCCACCGCGCUUAUUCUAGCAAGUUUUGGGCAGUCACUGUGGCAUUUCGAAGUCACUCAAGGUGUUUUAUUAGGCCUCGGAACUUGUAUGAGUUAUAUGGUAGCCGUGACAAUCGCCCCGACUUGGUUCACUACUCGCCGAGGCCUUGGACUUGGGAUAAUCACCUCCGGCACUGGUAUCGGGGGUCUCGUAUGGGCACCGGCCCUGAAAGCAGCUGUCGAUAGCAUGGGUUAUCGAAACGCUAUGCGUCUUGCUGGAGGGAUCGCCUUUGGACUCAAUAUCCUAGCCAGCACCGCCAUGGCAUGGGAGCCUGAGGCAAAGGCUCGAAUCGACAUGGAGAAUGCCGCAAGGACUGGCCGUAUGGAUGGAAUUCUAAAAGUGCCCAUCGUCGAUUGGCGCAUCGCGCGCACACGCAAGUUUGCGGCACAAGCACUGGCCUCCAUCUUCCAAUCUGCAGUUUACUAUCUCCCACUCUUCUUCUUUGCCACCUAUGCCAGGACUUUGGGAUAUAGCGAUACAGCAGGUGCUAAUUUCAUCGCCCUUUCAAACGCCAUGAACGCCCUCGGGAAGAUAGCUAUUGGUUAUGCUGCCGACCAUAUGGGAAGAUUGAAUGCCUUGGUGAUUACUACAAUCAUCAGUGCCAUAGCAACUGUCAGCUUCUGGCUGCCUUCAACCUUGUCCGACGAUAAAACAACUUCGCAAGGCCUAUUCAUUACAUUCACUAUCCUAUAUGGCAUUUUUGCAAGUGCCUACGUUGCUCUGUUUCCGGCGAGCUUGGUGGAGCUAUUUGGAGUCCACAACUUUGCCUCGGUCAACGGCGUGCUAUACAUGGUAAGGGGCUUGGCUUCCCUUGUUGGCACUCCCGUCGGCGGUGUCUUGAUCCGCAGCCAUUCCACGGGCAGUCCAUCGAGGUCAUAUGAAGGCAUGACGGUGCUUACCAGUGUCCUCCUGUUUGCCGCAUCAAUCUCGGUCAUAUGGGUGAGGGUGGAGGCUAUGAUAGGAGUGGAUGGGAAGUUUGUUAAGAAAUGGAAGAUGUAA